AUGGAUUUGCCCGGACCAAUACAUGAUUUUCUUUUAGUCUUUUUGGGAUCCGGUCUUAUAUUAGGAGGCAUAGGGGUAGUAUUACUUACCAACCCAAUUUAUUCUGCUUUUUCGUUGGGAUUGGUUCUUGUUUGUAUAUCCUUAUUGUAUAUUCUAUCAAACUCUCAUUUUGUAGCUGCCGCACAGCUCCUUAUUUACGUGGGAGCUAUAAAUAUCUUAAUUAUAUUUGCUGUCAUGUUCAUGAACGAUUCAGAAUAUUACAAAGAUUUUCAUCUUUGGACCGUUGGGGAUGGCGUUACUUUGUUGGUUUGUACAGGUAUUUUUGUUUCACUAAUGACUACUAUUCUGGAUACGUCAUGGUACGGGAUUAUUUGGACUACAAGAUCAAACCAAAUUAUAGAGCAAGAUUUGAUAAGUAACAGUCAACAAAUUGGAAUUCAUUUAUCAACAGAUUUUUUUCUUCCAUUUGAACUCAUUUCGAUAAUUCUUUUAGCUGCUUUGAUAGGCGCAAUUGCUGUGGCCCGCCAGUAA